AUGUUCUCUUUGUUCAAGAACAAGACUAAACAAUCGUCUUGGUCGGUAUCUGAAACUUUGGCCUCUGAGCAACUCAUCAAUGCGCCGAAGAACGUUUCAAGCUCUCCGAUAUCCAAGACGCUGAUUUGGUUCAACAAUAAAGAAGAUCAAAAGUCUGCGGCAACAGGCACGGGUUGGUUCGGAAAGGCCCCUUGGCAUCGCAAAGGGUCAGACAACACCAUCAGCAGUGCCACAAGCUCUGUGCGAGACUUUUUGGCCGGAAAAACGCCACCUGUGACGCCUGAUCCCGAGGGCUUUCUGAGUCGCCAAACUGACUAUACCCUGACGCCAUAUCCUGCUGGAGAAGCUACAAGGGUGAGAACUCCGCCAACGCACGAGGAUACUGCGGAUGGGAAGCCACGAGGCUUUUUCACAGACAUGGUACCACCUGGGGACGACAAUGAUUCCUGGGACGCGACUCAACCGGCCAGAUCUAUGAGCGCCAAAAGGAACUACACAAAAUGCGACGACAGUCUCCCGAAAAAACCAAAGGAGUGGUGGGAAGCGAAGCAGAGAACACAACCAAAGCGGAGACUGACAGGACCUCGCAAUUUCGAGUUUGACAUCCCGGAGCAUCUACCCAAUAGUCCAAUGUGCCCCGCGAACCCAAAGCACUUGUCAGGCGGUAAAGGACUUUGUGUUUAUCACGGAAGGGGGAGGAAGGAGUCUGCACUCAAGCUCGAGCAAAAACUGAGUGACAUGCGCCAAAAAUCAGAAGUAUCAGUCACCUCGCAGACCGACGAGAGAUCAAUGUGGGACUGA